GGACAGGUAAUUACACCUUGAUCCCACUUCAGGUUGGGUUAAAACUGCUCCUGCAGGCUUACUGUUCUGCAGGUCUCUUCAGAUGAGAGAGGAGUCUGAGUGCGUGUUUUGAUGUACUAGGUGCCAGGUGCUGAUGCAUCGUUAGAUUGUUCUCUGCCUCUGCUUUAAAAAAACCACUCAUCUGUGUGUUUUGUCUCCUCACAGCUUGAAAGUUAAAUUAUACUGCUCACCAGUAACUAAGGAAUUGCUGCUGACUAGCUGGAAAUACAAGUUUUGGGAGAAUCACAUUGUGAGUUUUUAUUUAUUUUUAAAUUAACACUUUCUAAGCAGUGAUCCUAGGGAAGGGGAAGCUUCCCCUCCUCAGAAAUGCCUAAAUAUUGGUAUUGGUGCUGAUACACUGUUUCAGGGCUUCAGUACCUAUAUCGGUACACCUUUCCUUGCUGCUUGCUAUGUCGGAUUGAUUUAUUGUUGGUCACUGUUUAAUCUUAUUUUUCCUUCCCCAAAAUUUAUCCUUUUCUCUCAACUUCAGCUUUAAAUGUCCUCCAUCUGUAUAUUGAUCAUUUCUAUCCCUCCGUCAUUUCCUUACCUUGCUCAUGUCUCUUUGCUCCUGCCCUUAUUUCAUUUCCCUUUUGCUUUCUUUAGAGUCUCGUAUUGCUUGGAGUAUGUAUAAUAUUUUAGUUAUAUUAUUUUUGGUUUGCUUUUUGGAAAAUGGACUGUCUAACAUGAAAAAGCUUUAGUGAUGUAAAAUGACAGAACAACUUAAUUAUUUUACUUGAUUUCCACUGUUUGGAGCCAAAAUUCAAGUGAUCAGUGGUCAUGUACGGGUAUGACUUGUAGUUGUUUAUUUCCUUCCCUUUGCAGAUGCAGGCUUUGAACUUGAACAUGUUUCUUUUCACAUCUUACUGUAUGUACAUACAUCAUCACAUAGUGUAAGGAUUUUGCUUUACCCCCCAAGCAAGGACAGGAGAGUUUUCUAGUCAAGUGGAAAGUCAAGAAGGACUUCAGGCAAGCUGAAACUUGUUUCUUUAGGGGAGUUAUGGCUCAGUUUCCUUAAAUAGGUUGUAAGUGUGGGUCUUAAGCUCCAUAGCCAAAGAAACUCAUACGAGUGAGUCCAAGGAGGUAAGUCUGGGUAAGAGAUAAAAAAGAAAUAGGGGACUUUUCUGUUCAAGGUCCUAGUUUAAUCAUGAAGCUGAGGGAGAAGAUAACUAGCUGUGUAUGAAGCCUUGAGAAACAGAAAGAUUUAAUGAUUUGGAGCACGAACCUGAUGCUGGGCUCUGUAAAAAAUACUCUGAACAUCCCUUAGGCAUGUUUGAUGUGUGAAGGAGCACAGUGUGCGUAGGUGGCAAUUUUCUAAGCCUGUAAUCUUCUUGGACUAGCAAAAGUAAAAUGGGGUGGGUUUAUGGUGGCUUUUUUGUUGGUGUUGGUUGGGUUUUAUUUUUGUUUUUAAGCCUGUGUCUGUUUGCUUCCGGCAUCUCUUGAGUUUAACCCAGAAGAGAUCUCUUGCAGGGAGAGAUCUCUAAGUUAUUAGGAGUUUGUUUGAGCCGUAAAAGGAAAGUAGGCAGUGCUGGUCCUGACAUCCCUGUUUGAGGAAAUGUUAAUCUGGGAAGAGAUGCUAGAGGUACUUGUGGUACUGUCUAAGAUGAAGCACAGUUAGUGCAAAUCAACACAGUUAAAAAACCACACAGAUGUUUGCAGUUGCUGCUCCCAGGAGUGACUGCUGGUAAUGGCAUGAGCUGCACAGGCCCUAAAUCAGAUAGUAGCUGUUGGUUGUCUUGUUCACAAGCUUGUCUUGUGAUAAAUAAGCUUUCUACUUGUAGCAUGAGUGGGAAAUGAAUUAACAGCUGAUUUGAUAUUCAUCAGACUGAAAGAAGCAAUCAUGACAUCAGCUUCCAGACAAAUGUUUUCAUGAUUUCCAGUCUGACCUUUAUUUGUACGUAGGGCAUGAGAGGCUCUUUGAGUCUGCUGCUGGCUUUAACAUUUAAACUAUCAGAGAUGAAGGGUGAACUCUGUGGGAGAUAUUAUAUAUUAUAUUUAGUUUAUGAAGCUAAACUGUGGCUGUCAGUGAAGAAUUCUUCAGUAAGUUUAGGUCUAAAACUUGACAGUUGUUUCACUGCAGUAGGGAAUUUGAGAACUACUGAGAAAUACGGAGCAUGCAGAAUUUCAGUCAGCCUCUUAAGUUUAUUCAGCUUCAGAAACUGUAGAUGAUAAAAUUAGUAUUGAAGUUUAAAAAAUAAUUUGUCUUGCUAGUGGCUUGAAUUCUUAGUACAAAAUACUUUUUGACACAUGUAUCUGUGUUUUGGAGCAAGCUCUGAGUUUGAUUGGUGGUGUGAUUUCUGGUGGAGAAGCCAAAUGUUAGCAUCUUUGUGUGAGUACUAGCUGAAUGGAUCUCAUGGAGCUGCCCAGAAAUUUGCGGUGCGGUGUCUUGAGACUCCAUCUGGUGCAGUGAAACCCAGUGUACUGAGGAUCAGCUGAAAAGCUGGAGGUUCUAUCUAAGGAGGGUAAUGACAGCAGAGUUUCCUUUCAUUUUGGCUUUUUGGGGCAGGAGAAUUGUAUACAAAUAUUGUCUGACACAAAGGAAUAAAAACCCAGGAGGAUGGGAGAGGAGCCUGCAUAGCAGCGGUAACCUUGCAGACAGCCACAGAGCAUGUAACGUUGCAGGACUGUGUUAAUACAGGAUAUGGCAAAAUAGGGGAUUAAUUGCAGUCUAUGGAUUAAUCACCCCUACACAGCCGUACUGCUGCAUGCGAUUUGUGGGCUCUGCUUCUGGUAAUAGGGAAUGAUGAGGAGAAGUUGUGCUGCAGCACAGAGACCUGUCUGAGCAAGACCCACUGGUGUGCUCUGGGACUGGGUUGUCUUGGGCUUUGCAGUCACCCAAAAAUAAGGCAUGCAAUCCAGCUAGAGAAACGUGAGCUGUUACUGUUAGAAGUCCAAUGUGUUCUAACUGUUUGAGGCAUGUGUACCUUGAUUGGGGUGUCUCCAUUUCAUUUUUCAACAACUUUUAGAAAACUUUUUUUUUCCACUGGAAAUGGAAAUUCAUGACUUACUGGGGGAAAGUGGGCUUAAUUUUACAGGCUUAGCAUUAGCUGCAGUCGGUGCUAAAGAUGUCUGCGUAAUGAAUGCUUAGCCAUAAGCGUGGAACAAAAUGUUCAGUGAAUCCUGUAAUGCAUUUAUUCAUUUUGUUGCAGGUUGCACUGGAAGUUGAAACUCCAACUCAGAUUUCUUUAGUGGAUGAAACAUCUGGUGAGAAAGAAGAUAUAGAGGUGACGCUUCUACCAGCUGGUCACUGUCCAGGAUCUGUCAUGUUUUUGUUUGAAGGUGAAAAUGGCACUGUGCUGUAUACAGGGGAUUUCAGGCUUGCGAAAGGAGAAGCAGCCAGAAUGGAGCUUUUGCAUUCAGGGACCAGAGUAAAAGACAUCCAGAGUGUGUAUCUGGACACCACUUUUUGUGAUCCCAAAUUUUAUCAUAUACCAAGCCGGGAGGAGUGUUUAAAUGGGAUCCUAGAGUUAGUGCGAAGCUGGACCUCGCUGACUCGCUAUCAUGUUGUGUGGCUGAAUUGCAAAGCUGCCUACGGAUAUGAAUAUUUAUUCAUAAACCUCAGUGAGGAACUUGGCAUCAAGGUACACGUGAACAAACUUGAUAUGUUCAGAAACAUGCCAGAAAUCCUGUACCAUAUUACUACAGAUCGCUGCACUCAGAUUCACGCCUGUCGACAUCCUCGGGAUGAUGACUGCUUUCGAGGGAACAGGCUGCCCUGUGGGUUAACUUGCCAAAAUGGAACUCCCUUGCACAUAAUCAGCAUCAAACCCUCCACUAUGUGGUUUGGAGAAAGGAUGAAGAAAACCAAUGUAAUAGUGAGGACUGGGGAGAGUACGUACAGAGCUUGUUUCUCUUUCCACUCUUCAUACAGCGAGAUUAAGGACUUCCUAAGCUAUAUCUGCCCUGUGAACGUGUACCCCAACGUACUGCCAGUGGGUGGGACAGAAGACAAAGUUAUGGAAAUAUUAAAGCCAUUAUGCAGGUCGUACAGGAGAAACAUGGAACCCAGGUACAAGCCCUUAGGAAAGCUGAAGAGAGUCCUCAAGAGAGACUUACCUGAUACAGAUGAAGAGGAUCUUUUUGACUCUGAAUUAACUCCUGCAAGGCCUAAGAUUCCAAAACAGCAGAGAGAAGGGAGCAGGCCCUCCAGCCCAGGACAAUCUGAAAGUGCUGAAGCGAACAUUCACGAGAGCACAGAAAGUUACAAAGCGACCACAACUUAUGCCUCCCCCAAGGUAGACUUCAUGGACUGUGAGGAAUCCAAUGACGAUGGAGAUGACGAUGAUGACGAUGAAUCUGAAAUAAAUAUAGUUCAAGUUCUUUCCCCUGAGCCAGAUGCCACUUCCGCAUCAAGUCUCAAUGGAAGGGCUAGUGACCAACAGGGGUCCAAUGCCGAUGUCCCUUGCUGGGAUGCAUUUUUCAAGCGUAACAAACUGGAAGAAAGCUCUGAAAACGAGGACGCCUUCCCAUCUUCGGCAGACGCUGGCGGGUCCCAGUCGCUCUUCAGCGAUUCGGAUGGAGUAAGCGACUCAACACACAUCUCCUCACAAAAUUCUUCUCAGUCAACACACAUAUCUGAGCAGGGGAGCCAGGGCUGGGACAGCCAAACGGACACAGUGCUCAUUACCUCCCAGGAAAGAAAUGCCUUCGACUUCAGCUGCUUUGGCAAAGGUGGGAGCAGAACGGUUGUUUCUGUAUCACAGGAGGCUGUCAAAAACAGUCAGCCUGACACCAGGAGGUGGAAGCCAGUGGCUCAAAAUAGAUCUUGUGCCAAAGAGAUUGACUGUGACUUGAAAAGCAAAGACUGUGAGAAAGAUGCAGAAGCCAGCACUGCUGAUGUUCCUGAUGUGCUGGUGGAAAUCAGUGACAGCUCCAUGACGCCCGAUCUGGAACUGAGGAGGGACUCCCAGGGCUCCUCUGACUUGGAAAAUCCCCCCGACUCCUGAUGCUGAAGUGCCUCGGCCAGAUGAACUGCACUGUUUGUACAAGCAGCUAGUGGCAGGUGAAAGCGUACUCGAUGAGGGGAAAAAAAA